AUGCGUAUAUGGCAAGCACUACUGCUGCUGUGGCUCAUGAUUGCGUGCCUAUUAUCAAGUGUACACGCGUUUCAUAUCCAAUGGAAAGAGUACUGGGAGUUAGCCAUGUAUCACACGGGACUCGGCUCAGAUCAGUGUAAAUUCGUGGACAAACCAUCUCAGAUGGUGCGUCAUCAUUUACAGGAUAAUUUAAAGGGUCAAGAACGAGCUGUGGAGGCGGUCGUUGGUGCAAUUGAAGCUUGGGAGUUCUCAAGGACUUCUACAAAAGACCGUGCGCCGCUAGUGCUGGCGAUUACGGGACCAACAGGUACAGGCAAAACGGAAAUGUCCAACUUAAUCGCGGAGGCGCUGUUUAAACGCAAGAAGAAGCUGCCGAGAAGUGAAAAGUGGGUGCCGUCAGGGUUGCUGAUCUUUCGCGGAGAGGACUUUAGCGAUAACUUUACAAACCCUAUCACAGAGUACCACACACAGAUUAAGAACAGACUUGCAGAGCACUUGUACUAUUGCUCAGGAAAUGCUGUCGUAGUCAUUGAUGAAGUGCAGAAGGUGAUUCCGCAUACUCUUGACGUUCUAAUGGAGGCGGUCAGCGAAAGCUCUCAACUAUCCUACUACAAACACGGAGUAACACAGAACAUCGAUACCGCAAACGUCAUUUUUGUGCUGGUGUCAGACAUUGGCGUGAGUGAGAUGGAGCAGGUCAUGAUUCAAUACGAUGCUCGAGAAGAAAUACCGACCGUACAGCUUGAACGGGUCGUGAAGGCAGCUUUAGACGACCAAUGGAAGCGGCUAGACUUUGGCAAAAUGAUUGAUCAAGUCAUCCCUUUCCUGCCUUUUGAGCACCAACACAUUGUUGAGAUUAUCGCGCUUAAGCUGAGACAGCUGGACGAAAAUUACCGUAGCAAGUAUUGGCACCGACUUUGGAUUGAGGAAAACAUCGCUGAUUACAUGUCACGGUUGGAUUCAGUGCACUACAAAGUCCGCUCGGCAGUAGUUAACGGGAAGGUCAAGUCCAGCAAGGUCUUUGCCAAGUACGGUGCUCGAGACGUGGAGACGGGUCCAAUCCAAUUGCUUAAAUCCAAGUUAUUGCGUUAUCUUCGUCCUUUCAAUCCGAACGCUGAGAUUCGCAUAUCGCAGGAUCCGGAUACGAAAGAGAUUUCAAUUGUCGCAUGUGGAAGACAGGAAGAAGAAAAACCCACGACGAAGAAAGUGUCGUCUACAGGUAAAAGCACGAGCUAUUUGGAUGAAAGGAUCGACGACAGUGUCGCUUUUAUGCACAUUGGUUGCGUCACAAAGUGGUCGGGUCGAUUUGAAUAA